CACUGCCAAGCACUGAUAGGCAGCACUGAUGCGCACUGAUAGGUGGCACUCACUGGCACUCAUAGGCUGCACUGACUGGCACUGAUAGGUGGCACUGAUUGGCAUUGAUAGGUGGCACUGACUGGAACUGAUAGGUGACACUGAAAGGCAGCUCAGCUGGGCACUGAUAUGUGGCAUUGAUGUGGCAUUGACAGCUGGCACUGAUGAACACUGACAGGUGGCACUGCUGGGGCUACACUGAUCAUCAGGGCACACUGAUCAUCAGUGCUCUGAUGAUCACUGACAUCUUUGGCUCUUUCUGUGGAUCAGUGAUCCGCUGUGUCCGAGGGAAACAGCGC